GCUCCACCUUCCCCCACUGCAUAUACUUUCCCAAUUGCCCAUCCAUCCGUCUCCUCCGCAGUGUGUCAUUGUCCGAGUCUAACACUCCCUCACUCACUAAAAACGCUUUCUCUCUCUCUCUCUCUCUCUCCUAUCUCCCUCCCUCCCCUUCUCCCGUGGAGUCCUCCUUUUCCGCUACCGGAUUCAGUUUCCGAUCUUUCUGGAAUUUCCUUUCCCCUCCCUCCCUCCCUCCUUUUAAGACUCACAGUUUGUUUGGGGAACAAAAACCUUGAUCACGUAGCAGGCAGGGGAUUCGAAAUACGCUUAUCAUAAGGAAAGAGAGAUCACAUAUAUGAUUUAUACAUAGAGAGAGAGAGAGAGAAAGAGAUUUUGAGUGUGCCUUUUUUGGGCGAGGUGGAGAAGAAGGGAGCGAGAGUGUUGUGGUAGUGACGAAGGAAAUCGCUGUAUGUCAGCUGAUUGUGAGGAGUCUUACCUUGGUGGAAUCGGCGAGCUUGUGAACCCCUUACAAUGGCCUCAGCUUCGCAAAAAGCGAAGAUUCCUUCCUCUGCAUGUUGCCGCAAUGACUCCUCCUCCUCCGGUUCAAUUGUUCGCCGUCAGGCUUCCGCCGCCGGUGCUCAGCCAGAGAAUGCCGUGCAGGAUUGGAUUGUCUCGUCCCGACGAGACGAUCAGUAUGCCGCCAAGACUGAUAUCUCGUCCUUGAUUUCUCCCGUCGAGCGCCUUCCAGAUGCUUCCCCCAAAUUGCCCGCUGCCAAACCUGUGAUGCCAGUCAUGUUGAGAGCGCAAAGCAGCCAUCCAUUGGACCCUUUGUCAGCAGCUGAAAUUUCAGUAGCAGUGGCGACUGUGAGAGCUGCUGGAGCCACUCCUGAGGUUCGAGACGGCAUGAGAUUCAUUGAGGUGGUUCUGCUGGAACCUGAGAAACAUGUCGUUGCAUUGGCAGAUGCCUAUUUCUUUCCUCCCUUUCAGCCAUCAUUACUCCCUAGGCUGAAAGGUGGUCCAAUAAUCCCCACCAAGUUGCCUCCCAGGAGAGCUAGACUUGUUGUUUACAACAAAAUGUCCAACGAGACAAGCGUCUGGAUCGUGGAACUAUCGGAAGUGCAUGCUGCAACUCGUGGAGGGAAUCACAGGGGAAAAGUUGUAUCAUCUGAGCUUGUUCCGGAUGUUCAGCCUCCAAUGGAUGCUGCAGAAUAUGCUGAAUGUGAAGCUGCCGUGAAAGAGUACCCUGCAUUUAGAGAGGCAAUGAAGAAACGGGGGGUUGAUGACAUGGACCUAGUAAUGGUUGAUGCUUGGUGUGUUGGUUAUCACAGUGAAGCUGAUGCUCCUAACAGAAGACUGGCCAAACCUCUUAUUUUCUGCAGAACUGAUAGUGACAAUCCAAUGGAUAAUGGAUAUGCACGGCCUGUUGAGGGAAUGCAUAUACUUGUUGACAUGCAAAACAUGAAGAUUAUUGAAUUCGAAGAUCGAAAGCUAGUCCCAUUACCGACAGCGGAUCCUCUAAGGAACUAUACUCCUGGUGAGACAAGAGGAGGGGUUGAUCGCAGUGAUAUCAAGGCAUUGCAAAUUGUUCAGCCUGAAGGUCCAAGUUUCCGUGUUAGUGGCCACUUUGUGGAAUGGCAGAAGUGGAACUUCCGCAUCGGUUUUACACCUAGGGAGGGGUUGGUCAUACACUCCAUUGCAUAUACCGAUGGUAGCAGAGGUCGUAGGCCUGUGGCCCACAGGCUAAGCUUUGUCGAAAUGGUUGUGCCUUAUGGAGAUCCUAAUGAUCCACAUUACCGUAAGAAUGCAUUUGAUGCAGGGGAAGAUGGCCUUGGCAAAAACGCCCAUUCUCUUAAGAAGGGAUGUGAUUGUUUGGGCUACAUCAAAUACUUUGAUGCUCACUUUACAAACUUCACUGGAGGUGUUGAAACCAUUGAAAAUUGUGUAUGUUUGCAUGAAGAGGAUCACGGAAUGUUGUGGAAACAUCAAGACUGGAGAACAGGAUUAGCUGAAGUGCGGAGGUCCAGGCGUUUAACAGUGUCUUUUAUAUGCACAGUCGCAAAUUACGAAUAUGGGUUCUUCUGGCAUUUUUAUCAGGAUGGGAAAAUUGAAGCUGAAGUGAAACUGACCGGAAUCCUGAGCUUAGGAGCAUUGCAACCUGGAGAAGUGCGGAAGUAUGGGACAAUUAUUGCGCCUGGGCUGUAUGCACCAGUUCAUCAGCACUUUUUCGUUGCUCGAAUGAACAUGGCCGUUGAUUGCAGACCCGGUGAAGCUUAUAAUCAGGUUGCUGAGGUGAAUGUUAAAGUGGAGGCACCUGGUGAAAACAAUAUGCACAACAACGCAUUUUAUGCCGAAGAAACGGUCCUGAGAUCAGAGUCACAAGCCACGAGGGACUGUAAUGCUUUGUCGGCUCGACACUGGAUUAUAAGGAACACUAGGAUAGUGAACAGGACGGGACAACUGACUGGGUACAAGCUAGUGCCGAGUUCGAAUUGCUUGCCGUUGGCCGGUCCGGAAGCCAAGUUCUUGAGGAGGGCAGCCUUCCUGAAGCACAACCUGUGGGUGACAGCAUAUGCAGCGGGAGAGAUGUUCCCCGGCGGCGAGUUCCCUAAUCAGAAUCCCCGGGUCGGCGAAGGUCUGGCCACAUGGGUUAAGCAGGACCGCCAAUUGGAAGAAGAAGACAUCGUCCUUUGGUACGUGUUUGGCGUGACGCACGUCCCAAGGUUGGAAGACUGGCCGGUGAUGCCGGUGGAGCGGACCGGCUUCAGCUUGAUGCCACACGGGUUCUUCAACUGCUCGCCGGCGGUGGACGUGCCGCCGAGUGCGUCUGAGCUGGAUGCCAAGGAAAGCGAUGUGAAGGUGGAGAAGAGUGGACUGCUAUCCUCCAAGCUCUAAAAGCUAAAAGCUAAAGCCACCCAACCCGUCUUUGUCAGUCAACAGUAUCCAUUCCUGCGUCAGCACACUUCUCGUCUCUGUGUUAUCGGUCCCUUAUCGUCCUCUUCCUGCAGCUCUUAUCAUGUGAGAUGGAUUAUCAUCAGCUUUGUCAUUUUGCACUCAACUUGUUUCAGUUGUUUGUCGUUUUUUUUUAAUAUGUUCCGUAAUGUGUACUUAAAGGUUUUGGAUCUGUGUGUUCGGGUUUUAAUGAAUCGAAUAAAUAAUUAAUGACGUUAAAAAAAGAAUAGUAGCAUGUUUGUUUGUGGUGUUGCGUGCUCCAGUUCCUCUUUCGUUAACUCAGUGGAGCUGCAUGGGAGGAAGACGACCCACCAAGUCACUUUCUCCUCUGUAAUCGGUUUUUGUUUUUGUUGUUGGAAUUUCUCUUCUGCAAUCGUCAUUCAUCUUUUAUAUAGCCUUUAUAUAAUAAUAAUAAUAAUAUUAUGUUUACAUUAUCAUACUUGCUAGCCCGUAUCAAAUGAAUUCCCAACUUUGUGCACUUGUUGCUCUCAACUGGUUUAUUAUUAUUAUCAUAAUUAUUAUUAUAAUAUGUUGCUGCUUGGAUUUGCGUGAUUUGGUCUAAUGAAUCAAACAAACAAUGAUACAAAAGUAAAAUCAUGUUCGAGAUUUGGUUCUGAUCUAAGGAAUCGAUCGAUCAUGUGAGUAAUCUUAUGGUGACUAACCAUGAGUAACUUGUCCACAUCAGCAUAACAUCAACAUCUCUCUUGGAAAGCUUUUAAUUUUCUCCUUCUUAAUAUUUGACGGACGAUUUCUCACUUGUUGUAAGUCGAAAUUUAAUUUUUUUUGCAUAGUUAGAUCAGAUUAAUUGUGCUCGUCAAAAUGAUAUUUACUUUGAUAUAUUUUUCGAACAAAGAAAAUUGAGCCAUUUUUUUAUCAUGGUGGUAAAAAAUAAGAGCAUAUAUAUGGUUUGAAAAGCGUAUCAUGGUGGUAUGAACAAACCAAGACUGUAGCAUGGUUGAAUACAUGAUAGGUUAAGUAUAUUAACUGUCAUUUACGACUUUUAACAUUGUGUAUCACAAGAUACCACCUCGUACCAGGGUGGUAUUAUAUGGUAUUGUGUGGUAUUUUUUGGUCUUGUAAUUUGUUCACCAAGAAAUUUGUAGAUCCAAUAGAUCAUGAUGAACUCGUUCCUUCUGUGUAAACGUUUUCAAAAACGAAUUAAAAACGAAGAAGAUACCAUAUGGUAUGCAGUCGGUACCGAGAGGCAAGAAAAAAAAAAUUCUCAUAAAAUAUUGAAAAGUAUAUCAUUUUGUGGAACACAACGAACUCGUUCCAUCUGUGCAAAAAAAAUUAAAAUCCGAGUUAAAACGAAGAAGAUAUGAGUCGGUUAAGAAAAUUAAGAAAAAUAAAAUAGUAUUUAAUUCUCCAUCCUUAGUUCUGAAUUUUCUAAAUGAAGGGUCCGGCAGACAACUAUUCUUGAGCCUCUGAUCUAUGUUCAUGUUGUGUUCCAUCCAUGUACAUGUUACCGACUUACCAUGUACAUGUUGUGUUCCCCCUCACUGUAAUAUAAUAAUAAUAAUAAUUAUUAUUAUUAUUAUUUUUAUUAUUAUUAUUAUUCACUUUUAUGGAAUAUAGUAUGCCUAUUGCCUAGUCGCCCAUACGAGAGUGGCAUAUUUUUGGUUGCACACUCGGUUAGGCUAUCCCCAAUGCAAGUCACCAAAUUUGUGGACCUUUAUCUCCAAAUCGGGAGAUUAUCCCAAUUUUCAUCAUUUUUGCUUCAAUGUUACAAAAUUAUGUUUUCUCUCUGUUGGAAUCAACCUAAGAUUUCCAUUUUCAUAUUCAUUGGAGUUGGAUUCAGCCGGGAUGUCGUGUUAUGGUUUUACACCUUGUAAGAAAAUUAUGUUUUCUCU